CGUGCGGCAGGAGAUGUGAGCGGCGGCGGCGGGAAGCGGGUCGCCUCGCGCUGCAGGAGCUCAGCAUGGCGGGAGGACGGCGGGGGCUCGUGGCCCCUCAGAACACCUUCCUGGAGAACAUCGUGCGGCGGUCCAACGAUACCAACUUUGUGCUGGGAAACGCUCAGAUCGUGGACUGGCCCAUCGUCUACAGCAACGACGGCUUCUGCAAGCUGUCCGGUUACCACCGAGCCGAGGUCAUGCAGAAGAGCAGCACCUGCAGCUUCAUGUACGGCGAGCUGACGGACAAGGAGACCAGCGAGAAGGUCCGGCAGACCUUUGAGAACUACGAGAUGAACUCCUUUGAGAUCCUGAUGUACAAGAAAAACCGGAUGCCGGUGUGGUUUUUCGUGAAGAUCGCUCCGAUCAGGAAUGAGCAGGACAAAGUCGUCUUGUUUUUGUGCACCUUCAGUGACAUCACCGCCUUCAAGCAGCCGAUUGAGGAUGACUCUUCAAAAGGUUGGGGUAAAUUUGCCCGUCUGACCCGGGCGCUGACCAGCAGUCGAGGCGUUCUGCAGCAGCUGGCGCCGACCGUCCACAAGGGCGAGAACGUCCACAAGCACUCACGCCUGGCAGAGGUUCUCCAGCUGGGUUCCGACAUCCUGCCGCAGUACAAGCAGGAGACGCCGAAGACGCCCCCCCACAUCAUCCUGCACUACUGCCUCUUCAAGACCACCUGGGACUGGGUCAUCCUCAUCCUCACCUUCUACACGGCCAUCAUGGUGCCCUACAACGUCUCCUUCAAGACCAAGCAGAACAACGUGACGUGGCUGGUGGUGGACAGCAUCGUGGACGUCAUCUUCCUGGUCGACAUCGUCCUCAACUUCCACACCACCUUCGUCGGCCCGGCCGGCGAGGUCAUCUCCGACCCCAAGCUGAUCCGCAUGAACUACGUCAAGACGUGGUUCGUCAUCGACCUGCUGUCCUGCCUGCCUUACGACGUCAUCAACGCCUUCGAGAACGUCGACGAGGGGAUCAGCAGUCUCUUCAGCUCUCUCAAAGUUGUCCGGCUGCUGCGUUUGGGUCGGGUCGCCAGGAAGUUGGACCACUACAUCGAGUACGGCGCCGCCGUCCUGGUCUUACUGGUGUGCGUGUUCGGCCUGGCGGCGCAUUGGCUGGCCUGCAUCUGGUACAGCAUCGGCGACUACGAGGUCAUCGACGAGGACACCAACAGCGUGCGGAUGGACAGCUGGCUGUACCUGCUGGGCGAGGCGGUCGGGACGCCGUACCGCUUCAACGCCACGGGCUCGGGCCGCUGGGAGGGCGGGCCCAGCAAAGACUCGGUCUACAUCACCUCGCUGUACUUCACCAUGACCAGCCUGACCAGCAUCGGCUUCGGCAACAUCGCCCCCACCACCGACGGAGAGAAGAUCUUCGCCGUGGCCAUGAUGAUGAUCGGAUCGCUGCUGUACGCCACCAUCUUCGGUAACGUCACCACCAUCUUCCAGCAGAUGUACGCCAACACGAACCGCUACCACGAGAUGCUCAACAGCGUGCGAGACUUCCUGAAGCUCUACCAGGUGCCCAAGGGCCUGAGCGAGCGCGUCAUGGACUACAUCGUGUCCACCUGGUCCAUGUCCAGAGGCAUCGACACUGACAAGGUGCUGCAGAUCUGCCCCAAGGACAUGCGAGCAGACAUCUGCGUGCACCUCAACAGGAAGGUGUUUAAGGAGCACCCGGCCUUCCGGCUGGCGAGCGACGGCUGCCUGCGCGCCUUGGCCAUGGAGUUCCAGACCAUCCACAGCGCCCCGGGCGACCUCAUCUACCACGCCGGCGAGAGCGUGGACAGCCUCUGCUUCGUGGUGUCGGGGUCACUGGAGGUCAUCCAGGACGACGAGGUGGUCGCCAUUUUAGGUAAAGGCGACGUGUUCGGCGACGUGUUCUGGAAGGAGGUGACGCUGGCCCAGGCCUGCGCCAACGUGCGGGCGCUGACCUACUGCGACCUGCACAUCAUCAAACGGGACGCCCUGCAGAAGGUCCUGGAGUUCUACUCCGCCUUCUCCAACCACUUCUCCAGAAACCUGCUGCUCACCUACAACCUCCGGAAGAGGAUUGUCUUCCGGAAGAUCAGUGAUGUGAAACGGGAAGAGGAGGAGAUGCUGAAGAGGAAGAACGAGGCUCCUCUGAACCUUCCUCCAGAUCAUCCUGUCCGACGCCUCUUCCAGCGCUUCCGGCAGCAGAAGGAGGCUCGGCUGGCGGCCGAGCAGGGUGGCCAGGGCGAUGUGGAGAAAGGCGCCGUUCUCCUGGAGCAGCCCAGGGUCCCAGAAGUCCUGGCUUCCACCAGUAUCGUCAUGGUGACAGAGAGCCCCGCCACGCCCACCGCCUCCUCGACAUCCACCACCUCCGCUUCAUCCAGAGCCUCCAGCCGAGUCAUGCUUCACGCUCCCGCUGCACAAAACGGCAGCGUGGUCGGCUGUAAAUCUGCAGAGCCGCCCAAAGUCAAAGGCUGGGGACGUUUCAAGGAGUCGGUGGUGAAGGCCGAGUCCUGGAGCAGCGUCUCCAAGGCCGAGUCCAUGGAGACGCUCCCUGAUAGAACUAAGUCUCACGACGAGAUGUCGCUCAAGAAAACAGACUCCUGUGACAGCGGGAUCACCAAGAGUGACCUCCGGCUGGACAAUGUCGGCGAUGCCCGAACACCGCAGGACCGGAGUCCAGUUCAGUCCGAAGAGAAGAGGGUCUUCUGCCCGAUACCGGAGCAGAGCCUGCAGGCCUCUUUCCUCGAGUUAAAACAAGAAUUAAGGGGCGACAUCAGAUCUCUGAACAGCCGCAUGGCAGCGCUGGAGGCUCAGCUGGCGGAGAUGCUUCGGCUUCUCAAAUCCAGGAAGUCGUCAGGCUCCUUCUUCGAGAUCUCACGGCCGCCUUCCCCCGACUCUGACAAGGACAGCUACUCCUAAAGCGGACACGGGAUCAGCCCGUGGGACCUGAACCCGACACGAUGCAUUCUGCCCUCCGGAUCCCAGAGAGGAGGAAGUGCUUCUGCCUGCAGCGUGAGGCUGUGGGACUCGGCGGUGACAUUAACAGAUUACAGAUGCACUUGGAGUUCGGCUUGUAUACAGAGACUGUGCUUGGGGACGGGCUGGUCGUGGUGCAAUAUUUCAUUCAAGUGUCUUGAAGCUGGAAACAGUAUUAAGCGGAUUUUUAAAAGUUUUGCUCUUGUCACUGCAGAGUGAGUCACGGUACCACCUCUGGUCCCUCCAGGUGGUUUGAGCCUUUCAGACUUUCAAAUGAUGUCGGCAAUAAUAAUGACUGACUUUAAACAGGAUGUGGCACGAUGACGCAGGAAAUCAUGUUGCAGAGGUGAUUUGUGGCUUCGUUCAAAUGUGAAACUGAUGUGCGCCAUUUCCCACUGAGAAUUUGGGAUUUAUUUAUUUAAAGCGCGCACACAUGCACACACACACACACACACACACACACACACACACACACAUAAACGGCAAUAGAAUGUGACCAUCCUCGUGGCAACUGUUCACUGUGUACACGCAGGCUUCAGUGAGAAGUCAUGGGUGUGUGAGGCUAGUAGCAUUUUUAUAUCAAGGAUGAAUGAGGUAAAUGAGACACUGCGUGCAGCACAGGUGAAUAUGAGGCGUGACACCGCUGGAGAUUAUGGGAUGUCGACGUUUAGCUCCUGCACAAUAUCACGAGCUAAACACACUGCAUUGUGUCAGCUGGGGAUUUAAUAAAAAAUCAGUGUAUGCAUGUUUCCAUUUUAGUGAUUCCCCGGCUCUGAAGCCUCAGGCCAUAUUUAACUCUUCCACCUCCAGGCAGAACGGAAAUCAUCGGUAAAUGAAUUGGUUUGAGUCAGCAGGUAAAGUGAAUCAUUUACACCUUUUAAAUUGUUAUGAUAUUGGUAUCUACGGCUGCCUGAAACCGACAGAAUUAAAGUAGAAUAUAUGUGUGUGUACAGUUUAAAGCAAAUAUACGGUAUAUGGUAUGACUUCCAGUAAUUUUAAUUAAGGUGUUUUUAAAGAGAUGAUUGCAACAGUUAUUUCACCAUAAUAUACUGUAUAUUCUUCUUUCUCAAAGUUACACCAAAUACGUAGGAGUUUUUUAAUUUCUUUCAUUUUACAAUUAACAACCAAACCAAACCACUUCACUGGCCUUUGUAAUGCUCGCAGAAACCUUCUAUGUCAGGCUUCAUCUUCCAUGUGCAGUCCACGCCGUGAAAGACAAAUACCACCGACGCAAGAGCUGAUUCUUUUUCUGAUCAGCUUCCAAAUCAGCUGGAUCGAUAAACUUAAAAAGGCUCAACAACAACCGGAAAACUUGAGUCCUCGAGGCAUUAAACCUCACAGCAGCCGGGUUUUAUUUAACGAGUUUGGGAGUCGGCAGCCGCUGGGCUCGGCAGGCGGGAUCGAUCGGUAUUGAUUUUUCAGGGGCUGAUACCCGAUACCCGAUAACUGAUACUAACUGAUAGUCAUGUGCAGUAAAUUUGAACAUUGCAUUGUCAAAAUUAGCACUUUUAAGAACGCCACGUUUUAUUUACGUUAUUAUGUAAAAGAAUAAGAAAAUUAGUGACUAAAAACAGCAUCAUCACAGUAAAACUAUACAAUUGUUAAAAUGAUAUAAAGAUCAGAUCACUGAUGCUGGAUUGAUGUCACAUUUAUAGUUUUUUUUUAAUGCUUGUCAAAGGAAAUGAGAAGCCUUUCACAAAUACAGUCCAGUAAAACUGAAACAAAAAUUCUGAUGUUACAAAACAAGAAAAAAUCUGAUGUUACAAAUCUCUCUGUGGGAAAAAGAGCCCAGUGGGAGGAUUUCUGACCAAUGAAAGACCAGUUUGUGCCGCAUGGCAUUUGUUUCAACCUUGUUAUGCUGUUGAAUGUUGCCAUGGGAACACAAACGAACCAACAGACGAAUGCAACAGCUGGAAUCGUUUGAGCCCCUGAAUCAGAGCAAAGCGAUCAAGCUCCAUGUGUGAAGCGUCUUCAGUGAUUUUCCCGUAAAACUAAAUUAAAUACAAAUCCAGUAAAGAGGGAGUAACAGUUUUA